AUGUAUUCCGUUCUACAUGAGACAGAUCCCUCGACCACCAUAAAUGCUUCUGUUGUCGGGCAUUUCUUACAUUCGGAUAGCCGCCAAUUGGUCACAAUCGGAGGAAAAUAUCUUAGAAUGUUCCGUUUGAAUCCGUUUGUCUAUGAAGAUGAAGAAAACAAGGAAUGCAAGCCCUCAACUCGACUAGAAUGCGUUUUUUAUACUGAUCUCAUGAGUGUUGUCAAAUCUGUUGCAGUUGCGCGGUAGGUUGUGCUGUACUGUUUAUUAUUUGUGUUUAGAAUACCUUCACAUCCACAAUCCGACUCUUUGUUGCUUUCGUUUGAUGAUGCGAAGCUUUCAAUAGUUAAUUUUAACCCUGCCACGCAAUCGUUAAAUACCUUAUCCUUGCAUUCAUACGAGGAUGAGAUUUUGAAGGAUGGAUUUACAAAAGUUGCAAGCACUCCUAUAGUUAGAGUAGAUCCAGUAAACCGGUGUGCUGCAAUGUUAGUUUAUGGGCGACAUUUAGCUAUCUUACCAUUCUAUGAAACGACUUCAAAGUACUUACAAAGCUACACUUUAUCUUUGAGGUCCCUGGAUGUCAGGUUGGAGAAUAUUAUUGAUAUGGUUUUUUUGCAUGGAUAUUACGAACCGACUUUACUCUUGGUUUAUGAGCCAUUGAGGACAACGGCCGGACGGUGAGUGACACUGCGUUUUUGUCUUUGUUUGAGUUUAGAUAGCAAGAUUUGUUUUUAGGGCAGUGAUUCGUUACGAUACGGUUUGCAUAUUGGCAGUGUCUCUAAACUUGAAGGACCAACUCCAUGCUGUUGUCUGGAAUCUUUCUGGCCUUCCAAUGACGAUAAAUCAAGCUGUUUCUAUUCCUCAACCAGUUGGAGGUGUCUGUUUAUUUGGUGCGAACGAGAUUGUAUAUUUAAACCAGUCUGUUCCACCAUGCGGAAUAUCCCUCAAUUCAAAUGCCGAUGACUUCUGUCGGUUCCCUCUGAAUGACAUGAAGUCCAUGAAGAUAACUUUGGAUGCCUGUUCGGCUGUUGGUAUAAGUGAGUCAGAGCUGUUGGUGGCGUCAAGGAAAGGGAAGCUUUACUAUCUAAAGAUGGAUGUAGAUAUAUCCAAUGCUGUCAGGAGUGUGAGAUUUGAACCCAUUCAUGGUGAGCACUGUCUUUGUUAAUCUUCAACCAUUCAGAUGUGUCACUGCCUUAUACUUUAUCGUAUUGGGAUGAAGGAAUUGUUUUCCUGGGAUCGAGACUUGGAGAUUCUCAACUGUUAAGGUACUCUCGGGAGCAUAUGAAUGCUAAUGGAACUGAGCCAGUGAAUAAGCAGUCAAAGAUGAACGAUGAAGAAGAUGACGAGUUCUUAUAUGGAGGAAAUGAUAAAAAAGAGACUGAGGUAAAGAAUUAAAUUUGUUUUUUAUUCUCUUUAGGAAGUUGAAGAAGCCAAGAUAACCCUGAAGGUAGAAGUUUUACAUCAAUUACUGAAUGUUGGUCCUUGUAAAGGAAUACGGUCAUGUAACGCGAAUACAGUAUCCAAUGAAUUCAAAGAGAACCCAAGAGAUUUUCUAUUUGAUCUGGUUACUCUUUCUGGUCAUGAGCAAAAUUCGUCGCUUUGUUUCUUCCAAAGAACUGUUCGGCCGAUUAUUCAACAAAGUGAUGCGUAAGUGUGAUUACCUAUUAUUAUAUUACUUCGAUAUAGGUUGGGAUCGGAGGCUGCUCAGCUUUGGACAGUCGGUAGAAGAGACGACGACUCUCAUAAAUAUCUUAUUGUAUCUUAUGACAGAGCAACUAGUGUAUUGGAAAUAUCAAAUGACAAUGUUGAAAAUGUGGAACAGUCUGCUUUCUUUACCAAAGAGACUACCAUUUAUGUUGGGGAACUCUUAAACGGGAGGAUUUAUGUUCAGAUAUGCUCCAUGAGCAUUGUCCUGAUUAGCGAUGACACGGAACAGCCUUUGGAUGUAAUUAGACUCGACUCCAACUUCCCGGUGGCCUCAGCAUCAGUUGUCGAUCCCUUUGUUCUGUUACUUACCCAAAAUGGAAAACUACUGUAUUAUCGGUUUGAUUCGAAUUUGAUGAGACUGGUGUCCAUAGACAUGGGGAAGGUGGAGAACCAAGAAAAGAGUGCAAUAACAGCCGCGUGUAUAUAUAAAGAUUGUAGUGGGCUGUUCAGAAUGUCUGAGGGUGGAGGGGGAUCAGCAAUAGAAGAGAAGGAGUAUCAAGAAGAAGAAGAAAAAGAUGCUGGGAUAGCUGUUGAUGAGAAUAUGGAUGAUGAAGAUGCCCUGCUUUAUGGAGAGUCUGUGGUCUCUGAGGUCGUUCAAGGUAAGUGUGGAUAUGUAGAUUAUGAUGGUGUCGUAUUUUAGACAAGAAGCGACGACAUUCUGAGAUCGAAGCUCAGCCCAGCACUAAACCAAUCAAUUUUGAAUUGCCAGAUCCAAAUUCAAUUUUUCCCGCGUAUUGGGUAGUUUUAGCUCGGGAAAACGGACAUACAUCUAUUCUCAAUGCUCAAACUUUGCAACAAGUGUAUUUUAUAAAGAAACUCCAGCUUCUUCCGGAAGUGAUCAAGUAUGAACAAUAUAAUCAGACUGAAGAUGAAGCCCCAAUUCACACCGAUUCUUAUUUUCAAGCUCAAGAAGGCCAGUUACACACUGAUAAUGUUGCCGUGAAAGCAGAGGAAGUAAUAAUGGAAUUGCAAUUUAACGGACUUGGAUACAAUAAAGGAAGACCUGUGUUGUCUCUGCUGAUCGAUGACACUGUUGUGUUUUAUGAGGUGUUCUCGUUUGAUGAAGGCGUUAAAGGUGUGUGGGAACAAAUGGUGGACCCUGAUUUUUCCUCUCAAUUUUUUAGGUGCAUUGGCCAUCCGAUUAAAGAAGAUCCCAUUGAAUGUGGUCACAAGAUCGGAAAGAUUUGUUGGUGCCAGUGGAAGGGCUCCAGUUGAAACUGGAAGAGAAGUAGAUCAACAACGAACCCUCGUCACAUUUUACGACAAAAUUGGCAGUUUGGUAAGGACUUAGAUAUCCGGAUGAACUGAACUGAUUAUAUUGUUAAUGAAAUGAUCGGUCUUUUAGAGAAAUGGACUGUUUGUCGGGGGUUUUUAUCCCAGCAUACUUGUCUCAGAAGGAGGCCGGUGGUAUCUCCAUCCAAUGACGAUUGAUGGACCUGUCUUCUCUUUAUCCACCUAUCACAAUGAUAAGAUUUCUCGGGGAUUUAUUUAUUUGACAGGCAAUGGGAACGAGAAAUUUUUGAGAUUUGGAUAUCUUGAUGUAAGUUAUACUGAGGAAUUGUUACUGUUUGAAUUCAGAGGGAAAUACGAUAUGAUACUUCGUAUCCUGUAAGGAAAGUCCAAUUUGAAGAGACUGUCAACCAUUGUGUGUAUCUCAUGAAUUGCGAUGUAUUCGCUGUGGUUACUUCGGUUGGCGAGCCAAACACUAAGGUAAUAUCAGUCCUUAAUGAAGACAAACAUGUGGAAGAAUAUGAAAGAGAUGGGAAUUGUGUGAUCCCAGACCUAGCCAAGUAUAAACUUCAGGUAAGUAACCGUGAAGGAAAUCUAACUUUUUGCAUUAGCUGUUCUCAACAGAAGAUUGGAAAUUUGUCCCUAAUAGCACCAUUGAAUUCCAAGAGUUUGAAGUCGUGACUUGUGCUGAAGAAGUGUUAUUGAGCUCCGAAAGUACUGUAUGGGGAGUUCAGAGCUAUUUGGCGUUGGGGACAGCGCUGAAUUAUGGAGAGGAAGUAAGUUGAUACCCUAAUUUUGUCACUUUGGGUGGGUUUGCAGUAAUUGUUACGAUUUUGUAGGUAUAUGUUAGAGGCAGAAUUCUGAUCUAUGAGUUGAUUGAAGUAGUCCCGGAAGAAGGAAUGCCAACGACUAGACACAAGAUGAAGGUUGUAUACGACAAGGAACAGAAGGGUCCUGUCACCAGUAUGUGCCAUUGUGAUGGUUAUUUGUUGACUGGAAUGGGGCAAAAAGUAAGCCUUAUAAGGGAUUUACGUCAACGGUAUUUUUUGCUUUAGAUUUUCAUCUGGCAAUUUAAAGAUGGUAUGCUAAAUGGAGUUUCCUUCUUGGAUAUGCACUUUUACAUUCACAGUCUAGUCGGAUUUGGAUCUUUAGCUCUGGCUUGUGACAUGUUUCAUUCAUUAUCCCUAGUACAAUAUCAGAAAGAUUUUAAAGCGUUGUCUAUGGUGGCAAGGGACCUUCGAUCCAGUGCUUCUUCUCCAAUGGCGGCUCAAUUUAUUCUUGAUCGAACUCACAUGGCCUUUGUUUUGGCUGAUGAAGCCGGAAAUAUUUUAAUAUUUAAUCAUCUACCAGAGACAAAUGAAAGUAAUGGUGGUGAGAAGUUGAUCCUGAGGUCGGCGUUAAAUAUCGGGACAGUUGCCACUGGGUUUGUAAGAGUUAAGGGUAAGUAAUGGGGAAGUGACCUGAACCAUCGGUUUUAGGGCACAUGGGAGAACCCUUCCUAGAGAAUCCGGAUCAAAUCCGAGAGAUCCACACGUGUGUAUUCGCAACUCUGGAAGGAUCCUUUGGAAUCAUCAGACCAAUCUCGGAGAAAGCAUUCAGAAGGUUACAGAUGUUACAACAGAUCAUGACCUCUCAUAUCCCCCAGCCGGCCGGUCUUAAUCCCCGAGGGUCCAAAGCCUUAAAGCCUUUAAGAACGCAUAAUCAGAUGAGUGGAAUCUCUCGGUUCAUUGUGGAUGCCAAUCUGGUCUUCCAGUAUCAACAUCUAAACCAACAGGAAAAGGCGGACCUGGCAAAGAACGUCGGCUCGAGCAGAUUCCAGAUCAUGGAUGACAUCACCGAACUUCGGAGAGUUGUCUCUCACUUUUAA